AUGAGUUUGGAAAGCAAGGAUGCCAUUUUCUCACUGUGCAAGAACUGCAAACCGGACUGGAGGUUAGCAAGUGCUGAGUACAAUGACAGCGACACGCAUUUACAGAUCCUGGGCAAACCGGUGAUUGAGCGCUGGGAGACUCCAUGUAUACACGCCCUGGCUACUGUUGCAGCCUCAAAAGGAAGACGUGUUCUGGUAAUUGGAUUUGGAUGGCAAUUUCAGCCACCAAGAUAGAGUAAACAUUGAAAAGACUGGAUCAUUGAAUGUAAUGAAGGUGCGUUUAAAAGAUUACAGGAAUGGGCUAAGGAUCAAACCCACAAGGUUAUUCUUCUCAAGGGGCUCCGUGAGGAUGUAGUCUCCACAUUACCAGACUCACAUUUUGAUGGGAUUCUUUAUACUUACCCAUUGUCAGAAGAAACUUGGCAUACACACCAGUUUGCUUUUAUAAAGGGUCUUGCCUGGCGUCUGCUGAAACCUGGUGGCAUUCUUACAUAUUGCAACUUAACCUCGUGGGGCGAACUGUUGAAGGGAAAGUAUAUUGACAUUGGAAAGUCAUUCCAGGAAAUACAAGUGCCUCAUUUGGUGGAGGCUGGUUUCAAGGAGAACAUUCAGACCAGUGUGAUGGAUACCCCAGCCCCCACCACCACCAAAGACUGCCGAUUCUACACUUUUCAUAAGAUGAUCACACCAACAAUAACUAAACAGUAA